GCGACUGAAUGCAGAAUUAGAAGCAAAAACAGAAAAACUCGUGCGUCAGGCUGAAGAAGUAAUGAAAAGCCAGCAGGAGAUACUAUCUACACCAGUUUCAGUACAGACUAAGUCAUGUGAAGACGAGAGAGAGAGAGACCCACUCAGUCCUGAAGUUUCAUCUCUUACACACUCACAUACCAAGGUGGCAAACAAGAAGAAAUGUGCUUCCAUGCCCACACCUCAGAACAGACCAUACUCUGGAAGCAAGGGCAGAACAACAACUUCAAGUUCAAAAAUAAGAAACCUGGAAAUACAACGUGCUGAUCAUGUUACAGUACUGGAGGACUGCACAGAUUUUUCUUUAGCAAAAACAAUGAGCAAAACUGAAGAAAAAACAGAGAAAGGAAGCUUACCAGAUUGCCUAGCUGAUGAUAUUAUUCCAAGCACUGGAAAUGAAAUUGGACCAGAAGCUCAAAUCAGAUUUCUUAAGGCGAAGUUACAUGUUACGCAGGAAGAGCUGGAUAGUGUGGUGUGUGAGUGCGGGAAAAAGGAUGAGGAAAAUCAGAAUUUAAGAUCUCAGCUUAAAGAUACUGAAGAAGAAAACACCAGACUGCAACGAACAGUCAGUAUGCAACAAUCUCAGACUGAAAAGUACAAAGUGUUGUCUCAAGAAGCAAACAAAAAAAGUGAAGGGUUACAACAAGAAGUCGUUGCGCUAGAAAAGGAAUUGGAGAAUCUAAAGCGUGCACACAAGCAGGCUGCAGCCAGUCAGAGAGCGACAGAGGUUCGCUUAAACAGGGCCCUGGAAGAAGCAGAAAGUUAUAAAGCGGAGCUAAAUAAACUGAAGCAAAGUAACAAGGAUGUCACUAACCAAGAACUCAAAACAAUUGAAGAAUUAAAAACAGAAAACAAGAGACUGCAGAAACAAAAAGAAGAGCUAAUGACUGGUUUUAAAAAGCAGCUGAAGUUAAUUGAUAUUUUAAAGAGACAAAAGAUGCACAUUGAAGCUGCUAAGAUGCUUUCUUUUACUGAAGAGGAAUUCAUGAAAGCUCUUGAGUGGGGAAAUUACUGA